ACCAGUUGGGCCAAGACCACGGAUGUAAAUUUAUCCAACUCCUUAAAUGGUUUGAGCUUCAUGGGAAUUUUGGACGCAAGAGUGGGCAGCAGUAUCCAGGGCCUUCAAAACUUGAACUCUGGGACCCCGAGAUCUCUCUCAUUGCCUGAGUAUGGGCGUGGCCAGCUGUCCAGUGCUUUAGAAGAUUGUCAUAGCCUUAAAUCAGUGGAUUCUGGUAUUCCAACUCUAGAAAUAGGAAAUCCAGAGCCUGUUCACUGCAGUGUGUUAAAUGUGAAGAGAAAGCAGUCAGAACCUGAAAUUGUGCCUGACAGGGCUUUUCAGAGCGCAUGCACGCUGCCAUCUUAUGUGCCUCCACAUCCUCUGACUUCUGAACAUGACCAUGCUGUGCGAAAAUCCUCUACUUUCCCAAGAACUGGGUAUGACACUGUCAAACUUUAUAGUCCAACUUCAAAAACUCUGAAUCGAAGUGAUGAUAUCUCUGUCUGUAGUGUUUCUAGUCUUAGCACAGAACUGUCAACAACUUUAUCAGUUAGCAAUGAAGACAUUUUGGACUUUGUGGUCACAAGCAGUUCAAGUGCAAUUGUGAAUCUUGAGACCGAUGAGGUGCACUUCUCGGAUGUUACCCUGAAUUCCACUAAAGAAACUAAUGAUCACAGCCAGCAGGAGUGUUGUCUAGAGACAGAUGUGGACAGUAAACGAAAAAUAUUGGGACCUUUUACAAACUUCUUUGCCAGGAAUUUGUUUACUAGAAAGCAAAGUUUUUCAAGAUUCGAAAAACAAAAUGAUGUGGGAUGGAAGUUGUUUGGAAAAGUACCUCUCAGAGAAAACUCACAGAAAGAUCCAAAGAAAAUACAAAAG